AUGUUUGCAGCAGCAACUAAGAAUUUUGUGAAGCAGGUAGGGGACACUGGACGCCUCAUCCCUGUGCCCAGUCUAAGUGAGGCGGACCGAUAUCAACCACUCAGCCUGGUGACGAGGAAGAGGAGACGACAUUUCUGGAAGAAGACCAAAUAUGCCACAACCCCCUUAUCACUGAAAGACAUACUCGUCGGAGAGAAAGAGAUCACAGCAGGGGUCUCUUCAUAUCAGCUGCUAAACUAUGAAGACAAGUCCGAUGUUGCCCUAAAUGGGCGUUUGGGCAACCAUCUGAUCCACGAGGUGGGAGUAAACGUGAGUGGUUCAGACUCUGUGGCGGUAAAGGCCUCAUUUGGAAUUGUGACCAAGCAUGAGGUGGAGGUUCCUACACUACUGAGGGAACUCAAUGCAAGGAAAGUUGACCUGGAUCACUGUUUGAUCCGUCAGUCCAAAGAGAGCGGGCGGACUGUCCUGUGUGUUGUCAUGGAGAGCAUCCGCACCACACGACAGUGUUCCCUCACCGUCCACGCUGGAGUGCGAGGAACUACCAUGAGGUUCCAGAUAGAUGAUGGUCGAAACCCUAAAGGUCGAGAUAAAGCCAUUGUAAUUCCAGCUCACACGACCAUAGCAUUCAGUGUGCUAGAGCUUUAUGUGCGUUUUGAUGGACGUCUGGAGUCAGUAGGAGGGUUUGAGAGGGAACAGAUCCGUGAGCAGCUUGGGGGAUUCAUUGGACGCUUUUCCUUUGGAAGACUCAGGAGAUUCCUGUCGGGAAUCAUCUAUGGAAAUCCUUUCAGAGCAGAUGACAGGACGUUUGAAGAGCUCCCUCACUCUGAUAUGUACAUGGACGAUGUUGUGACGGACUACUAUGAGAAGGCUGCCAGCAUGACUGACCUGUCCACGGCCUACCUGCGGGAUGAAAAGCACACACGUGUAAAUCUGCUCAACCAUAACAUACCGAAAGGACCGUGUGCCUUGUGUGGCAUGGGCCACCAGAGGCGUGAGACUGUCUACGGCUGCCUGGAAUGCUCUUCGGGGGAAAACAAAUAUGUCCGUCUCCACGCUGUUCCAUGUUUUGACCUCUGGCAUAAAACUAUGAGGUGA